AUGAAUGAACAUAAUAUUCCAAUCGAUGUCGAUCAAUGCUUCAAAUAUGAUAAUAUCCAAGCAUUAUUUAUGCAUUAUGAACAAGCACAAGAUAUCAAAAAAUUCAUUGUUAAAUCAAGUUAUUAUCUCUCUUGUGUUUGGGAACCAAUUUUUUCUGCAUUGUCUGAUAUUUUUGAUGAAAAAUACAGAGGACAUCUUAACAGUGCCAAAAAUUUUGCAACUUAUGAACGUGAUGGAUUUUAUGAUGGAGAUCUCAACAUCGAUGAUUAUUAA